UUUUGGAGGGAAUUCAGGUGAAGAGGUUUUAUUUUGUUCAUGAAAAGUGUGAUAUUUAAUACGAUUUUGAACUUUCAAAGUUAAUAUAUAACUUAAUAAUAUAAAGAUAUAAAUCAAGGGGAAAAUGGUGGAGGAACUCGUCAGACGGUACCCGGGGCGAAACUCGCAGAUCUAUGUCCUUCUCAACGUAUACAAGGAGCCGCCGUUUCCCGACACAGUGUUCGUCUACGGUGUUUCAGGCGUAGGCAAAUCGUCAAUUUUAUCCGCCACUUUGGAUGUUUGUGGUAUUCGGCCGGUUCUCGUCAACCUAAUCGAAUGUUACUCGUCGAAAAUCCUCUUUGAGUCCAUACUAAAUCAACUUUGGUCCCGUAGGAUCGACGACGCUGGCGUCUCGAAGCCGUUUGCCAGAUGCGAUAACAUGAUGGACUUCGUCUCGUCGUUGCGUAAAAUUGAUGAUGCGGUCGACUUGAAGAGGUGCCCGAUCAUCUUGGAUAAAGCCGAGGAGCUGAGAAAUAUGGAUCUUAAUUUGUUGCCGAGUUUCCUUAGGUUGCGCGAAUUGUGUCGAGUUGAUGUUUGUGUUAUUUUAGUAUCUCAAUUACCGUUUCAAAAAUUUUACACGAGAACUAAUUUAGUUGAACCGAUUAAAAUAAAUUUUCCUCAAUACCACAAAGAAGAAUUAUGUGAGAUACUUAAUUUAGAAUAUUACAAUCUUAAAAAGAAUGAAUUAAAUAUUAAUGUUUAUAAAAAUUUUAUAAAUGUGUUAAUCUCAACUUUUUAUCGAGCUUGUAGAGAUGUAGUUGAAUUAAAAUCGAUGGCAAAAAUAAAUUUCCCAGUUUAUUGUAAACCGAUUUUAGACGGAUCUAUUAUGGCGUCUGAUUCGAUGAGUUUAUGGAAAAAUAUUGCGCCAACUUUAAAAAAAUCUUUAGAAAAUUUAUACGUAAAAAUAUCGAGAAAAAAUGUAAGUUUAGUUGAAAUUGAAAACUUAUCCGCGGGGAAUUUAACGCAGACCUUAGAGUUGCCAUUCUACGCGAAGUUUCUCUUAAUUGCGGCGUAUUUAGCUAGCUACAACCCAGCGAAAGAUGACAAACGGCUGUUUAUGAAGUAUCACGGAAAGAAAAGGAAAACAAUGACGGACGUUAAGGCGAAGAGCAAAGUUUCAGAACAGCUGAGCACACAGCUCGGCCCGAAACCCUUCAGCUUCGAUAGAUUAAUUGCUAUUUUCUACGCCAUUCUAGAGAACAAAGUGAAUUUCAACAACAAUCUCCUGGUGCAGGUUUCAACGUUAGUCGAAUUGCAACUUUUAACCUCCACCUCUGAUACUUGCAACUUAGACGGGCAAAAAUAUAAAUGCGCGGUGGGUUUAGAUUUUAUACAAAGUGUUUCUAAAAUGGUUGGAUUUAAUAUAAGGAAAUAUCUCACUGAUUUCAGUUAUAUGUAACAAUUUAAUUUUUCAAUAAAAAUUCUUUUUCAACACAAAAGUGAA